AUGGCUGACCGACAGACAAUCAUCCACGCCUACCGCCAGCUCUAUCGCCAGGGACUCAAGGCCAUUAACUAUUCAACGCCUGCUCGCCAUGUCCUGCUCAAGACUUUGCGCUCAUCGUUCCGCACCUCACCGGCUCGAGACUUUGAUUCCCUUCGAAUCGCUAAUACUUUGAGGUUUCUUCUUAAAGCUGCCAACGUUAGUGGUGUUGAGCAUAAGAUCGUGAGAAAUACGCUUAUCACCAAGUACUGGGAACAACCAAGUGGUGUGAAAACGACUCUGCGGCAGUUAGUCACCUUUCUAUGA